AUGUCCAACACAACCAGAGUGAAUGCAUUUCUACUUCUUGGAUUUUCUGAAAUACGGAAUUUUCAGAUUAUAUACAGUGUGAUUUCUCUUGCCAUAUAUUUAGGAGUUCUGGUGGGAAACAGCCUUAUCAUUAUUGCCAUAGGUUUUGAAUGCCACCUCCAUAAACCCAUGUAUUUCUUUCUGAUGAAUUUAUCUCUUGCAGACAUAGGGUUUGUUUCUGUAACUAUUCCUAAAUCUAUAUUCAAUUCACUUUUCAACACACAAUGGAUUUCUUAUUCUGAAUGUGUCAGCCAAGUAUUUUUCCUGAUCUUUUUCAUGGCAAGUGAUUUUGCUUUCCUGACUGUAAUGGCAUAUGAUCGGUAUGUUGCCAUCUGUAGUCCUUUAUAUUAUGAAACUGUGAUGAAUAAGGAGACCUGUAUCCAUAUGGCAAUCAUUUCAUGGAUUGCUGCCCUUUUGUAUGCACUGUUGCACACUGUUGGCACCUUUACAAUGACUUUCUGUUCAAAAAUCAUUGAUCAAUUUUUCUGUGAAAUCCCACAGUUACUUAAAAUAUCUUGUUCUGGUAGUAAUGUCAUUGAAAGUGUGGUCCAUCUCAUUGGUGCAUGUUUAUCAUUUAUGAGCUUUUGUUUUAUAAUUUUUUCAUAUGCAAAAAUCUUCAGAGCAGUGACAAGAAUCCCCUCCAUUCAGGGAAAGAAGAAAACCAUUUCCACUUGUUCACCACAUUUCCUUGCAGUCUCCUUAUUUCUUUUCACAACUUCAUUUGCCUAUCUGAAGCCUACCUCAAACUCAUCACAUAAUCUUAAUUUGGUAGCUUCUGCAAUCUAUUCUGUGGUUCCACCACUGAUGAACCCAAUCAUCUACAGCUUGAGAAAUAAACAAAUCAAAACAGCACUAAGGAAACAUCUUCCUUCUAAGAAGGCUUCUUUUCAUGUCCACUAA